AUGAUGACUAUUGACAGACACACACACACAUAUACGCAUACAUACAGACAUUCAUAUAUAUAUAUGACUGGACUUCAUUCUAUUCAUCUCAAGAAUUUGAGUCAACAAUUAAUUAAUUAUUUAAAUUACUUACCUGUUCAUAAAUUGACGAAAUAUCGUUUAGAGAAAAUAAUCAUUAGAAAUGCAACUAAUUUCCAUGUAGAUGAAAUAAAUAUAUUUUUUACUGUUGCUAAAUUGUGUAAAGAUUAUGAAGAAAGUUAUCAAAAGAAGGAUAAAAGGGGACAAUAUAAAGCUUUACAGUCUAUGAUAUGGAAUAUAUAUUUCCAAUGGGAUAAUCACUAUGUAUCAAUUGCAAAAUCUUCCACAUCUACUGCUAGCACAGCAAGUGCCAUUACAUCUAAUCAUAUGAAAGGACUAUACAAAUACCCACCACACCUUCGACCAUUGUUAAAAACAUCUGGCACCACUCUACACACAUAUAAUGGAUUAUUAAACAACUGGCCGUUAGAGUAUCAUUAUGAUAUUUUACAUUCAAAUGAAAAUCCAAAAAAAAUCACCACUUUAAGAAACAUGUGGCUAGAAGGACAUCCUGAUGCUAUAGAGAAAAGUCUAUUAAACGUGAGUAACCACAAACACAACCAUAAUAAACCUACUUUUACUUUUACUUUUACUCCUACUUCUACUUCUACUGGUAGUGGUAAUGAUCAUGAUAAUAAUGGUAACAAUGCUAUGCGGAUAGAAGAGAAGAGACAUGAUUAUUGCAAAAUAAUUGAACCAAUUUUAUCACAGUGUUACUUUCUUAAUAACAUUCUUUGGAAAAAUGAAAAUAAGAAAAGAUUAAAACCUAUUGCCCCUAUUGUAGAAGUUCCAUUUAAUGCUAGAGGAACUAUAAUAGCAGAAAAAAGAGUAAUGAAUUUAAUUAGAGAUAAAUUGAAGACAUUGAGAUUAAUAUUGACAAAACAAUGGCCUGCCUUGUAUGAUGAAAAGUGUAUUGAAGAGAUGUUAACAUUACUUCAACUGUCAAGUUCUACAGAGAAGUGUACUAAUAGUAUACUGAUGCAUAGAGACUUAUUGAGAAUACAUGAACGUUGUUUCCAAAAUAGAAUGUAUCGUGUUAUAGCCACACCUAAAACAGCGACCAAAGAUGGGGCUCACAAUACGAGCAAAGAAACCGAACCAUUCCAACAAGAAGAACAAGAUGAACAAAGACAACAAGGACAACAAGAGCAAGAGAUCCAAUUUGAACGUAUUUUUUAA